GCUCUGAGAAUGCCUGCGGAAUGAUCGCCCCCCAGGGCGGCUGCCGCUGCCGCUGCCGCUGCCGCUGCUGCUGCUGCUACUGUUACAGCUCCUGCUACCGCCUCCGUCUCCACUCUGCUCUGACUGGCAGGCGGAAAGUGCAACUGACGAGGGAAAGGUCUCUGCAGUGAGUGGAGUGGCUACAUAAAAGAGAGUAAAGAGGGGAAAAAACCCAGAUCAGAAUGCAGGCGACAUCCAACCUGCUCAAUCUCCUGCUGCUGUCUUUGCUUGCUGGACUAGAUCCUUCCAAGACUCAGAUUAGCCCCAAAGAAGGGUGGCAGGUGUACAGCUCAGCCCAGGACCCUGAUGGACGAUGCAUCUGCACAGUGGUGGCUCCAGAACAGAACCUGUGCUCCCGGGAUGCCAAAAGCAGGCAGCUCCGCCAACUGCUGGAAAAGGUUCAGAACAUGUCUCAGUCUAUUGAAGUCUUGAAUUUGAGAACUCAGAGAGAUUUCCAAUAUGUUCUAAAAAUGGAAACCCAAAUGAAAGGGCUGAAGGCCAAGUUUCGGCAGAUUGAAGAUGAUCGGAAGACACUAAUGACCAAGCAUUUUCAAGAGUUGAAAGAGAAGAUGGAUGAGCUUCUGCCCUUGAUCCCUGUGCUGGAACAGUACAAGACAGAUGCCAAGCUAAUCACCCAGUUCAAGGAGGAGAUCCGCAACCUGUCUGCUGUUCUCACUGGGAUCCAGGAAGAAAUAGGUGCCUAUGACUACGAGGAGCUACAUCAAAGGGUGCUCAGUUUGGAAACCAGACUUCGCGACUGCAUGAAAAAGCUAACAUGUGGCAAAUUGAUGAAAAUCACAGGCCCAAUUACAGUCAAGACAUCUGGAACGCGGUUUGGUGCCUGGAUGACAGAUCCUUUAGCUUCUGAAAAAAAUAACAGAGUCUGGUACAUGGACAGUUACACUAACAAUAAAAUUGUCCGUGAGUACAAAUCAAUUGCAGACUUUGUCAGUGGAGCUGAAUCAAGGACAUACAACCUCCCUUUUAAGUGGGCAGGAACUAACCACGUGGUCUACAAUGGCUCACUCUAUUUUAACAAGUAUCAGAGUAACAUCAUCAUCAAAUACAACUUCGACAUGGGGAGAGUCCUUGCCCAGCGGAGCCUGGAGUAUGCUGGCUUUCACAACGUUUACCCCUACACGUGGGGUGGAUUCUCUGACAUCGACCUAAUGGCUGAUGAAAUCGGGCUGUGGGCUGUGUAUGCGACUAACCAGAAUGCCGGCAAUAUUGUCAUCAGUCAACUUAACCAAGAUACCCUGGAGGUGAUGAAGAGCUGGAGCACCGGAUAUCCCAAAAGAAGUGCAGGGGAAUCUUUCAUGAUCUGUGGGACACUCUAUGUCACCAACUCCCACUUAACUGGAGCCAAGGUGUAUUAUUCCUACUCUACCAAAACCUCCACCUAUGAGUACACAGACAUUCCUUUUCAUAACCAAUACUUUCACAUAUCCAUGCUUGACUACAAUGCAAGAGAUAGAGCUCUUUACGCCUGGAACAAUGGCCACCAGGUCUUGUUCAAUGUCACCCUUUUCCACAUCAUUAAGACGGAGGAUGACACAUAAGCUAACAUAAUUUGUUUUCACUGAUCUAAACAGUGUCACUCACGAUAAAUUCUAUAGGACCUCUUCUGUUUUUUCUUUAUUAGAACUUUUUCAUCACUUCUUCCGAAGCAUUUUUUUAUUGUAAAGUUGGUGUUUCAAAAAACAGCGGAGCCUGUCUAAAUGAACCUGUCCGAAACACAUCUUAACUCUUAAAUUUACAAGGCCUAUCAUGUCCUUGUCAUGAGAAGCACUAAAACAGAGCUUAAGUGGCUAAAGUCUUAGUUUUGCAAAAGAUUAAUGACCUGCCUUAUAUUAGAGUCAGAGACUAAUGGUGGCUUAGUGCAUGAAUGUCUUUUUUUUUUUUAGCUGUCAUUUUUUACCGUCUUUUGCUCCACAUCAGGAAAUAUUUUGGUAGAAAUUAGGGAGACAAAGCACUUUCCCCCCAUUUAUUUCUACAAAAGAUUUAAGGAUUUUAUUUAUAUGGAAAAGUAAUAUUAAUCAUUUUGCUGUUAUACAAUUCUCAGAUGCGGUGCUGUACACUCAUUUUUAAAUCUCUUGCUAACAUUUUAUUGGCGAUAUGGAUUUCUAUCAUUGUAACCACCCUUGUGCAAUUGUAUCUCUUCACUUCUGUGAAAGCAAGUAAUAUUUUUUACAAAAUACACUGAAAUUUAAUCUCAGUAAUUAUUGUGGGUCAACUUUCAAGUGUGGUCAAAAAGAAGGUAUCUUCUCAACUUACCCUUUUACAUAACAUUAUGAACUAAAAAGAAACUUAAGCCAGAUCCCUUAACAAAGAAUCUUUAUUUUACCCCAAGUUUACUGAACCACUGACAUUGAGUGCUGAAACUGAUUCAAUAUGGGUGAGUUAAUAUGCUUAUUCCACUAAAAGCAAUCCACAUGGUUGGUUGCAAAGAUGCAGCUAAGCCACAAAAUUUUGGAUUUCAGUUGACACUACUCAUAUAAUACAGACAAACAAAACUGUGUCCUUCAUAACUGUAUUAAUGUUUUAACGUACACUACACACACACACCUUGCAAUAAUGUGAUUACCUUGUGUCAGGACUCUACAUAUUCAGGAAGCACAUAUAAAAAUUUUUUAAAAAGAAGAUUUCUUAAUGUCAUCUAGAGUUCUAUUAUGAGCUCUAGAUAUUUAACAGCAAGAUUUCUGUUUUAAAAAAAAAAAUGAUGCGAGGCAAGGUAUUCACAUAGUGAAAUGUGCAAUGGCCAAUUCAGAAAAUAUGAUGGGAAGAUAGCCCUUUGUCACUGGAUUCAUUGUGUGUGUAGAAACAAUGUAGCAAAAAAGAGCUUUAAAAAUAUUUUAUGUUAACAAUUCUAAAAACAUAUAAUCACUAUAUAUCAAACAUGUCAUUGCAUUUGGUUUCCAAUCAUCAUAUAUUAAAAAUACUUACCUAAGACAGUUUUACAGAAACUAGUAGGGGUUGGUUUUACAAUUUACAAAGUAUAUUCUAUAAUAAAUGAUACAUAACUUGUUGUAAAUGUUUGGUCUCACAUACAGAAUAUCAAAAUUUCCUUUGUAAAGUGAAGAUAUAAUAAUCAGCUAACACAUUGUGUAAAGAAAUGCUAACAUUUAAGAGUAAUUCAUUUCAAAUAUCACAAUUAAAAUUCUCAUUCGCCAAUAUCUCAUUGUCAAAAGUGUAGGAUUAAAAUAACCCAAUCCUGAGAUUGUUAAACAAAGAUUUAUUUUUUUGCCUACAAUAAGUCAGCAUGAGUUCAUGACCAACCUGGGUCCUUUCGCAAUGUUGUCUUUUCUUUUUAAAUGUUUAUGUAACUUUUCUUCUGCUUUUGAGAAAUAGAAAACUUAGAGGAUUCACUUAUCAUUGUACACACACCACUAAAUAAUCAGUCAAUACUUUGUAUAUUGAGAGUUUGUAUGAAGAAAGAAAGUCUAUUUCAGAAGUGAAUGAAUUUUUAAGUGGAUGGCCUUUAAUGGAUAGCUGAUUGUUCAUUACUUGUUUUUUAAAAAAUGAUGUAAUAUGGUAUAACAUUCAUUCAAACCUGGAUGAUCAAAGCUUUUUUGUGAAAUGUGCAGCUUGUAAAGCACUUUAUUGUUUUCUAUGUAAGGUUUCAUCGCCAUAUCCAAUUUAUAGUGUAUGUCUUGCCAGUGCAGGCACAAAUUUUAUUAUUGUCACUAGAAGUGGGGGUAACAUGAGUUUAAAAAUGUGAUUUGCAUUAAACAUUUACAGUUUAAGAGCAUUUUUCUUAGUAAAUUAUUAUCAGUUUUGUGCCUGAAAUAAAUAAGAACUUACCCUAAUUACAGUUUUUUUUAAUGUCAAAUAAAUUUUACAAGGGAAAUAAUG